CUCCACACGCUGCAGUCCACUUUCGACCGAGGAAUAGAACGUUUGCCAAAUUGCCAGCGCGCUCGUGCCAAGCCCCGCGUUCCAAUCGGUGUGCCCCGGGAGAUACACUGAAUUGCUGCCCUCCUGUCGGUGAGAAGUGAAAAACAAGCAACGGGAAAAGUCCUUCAACCACAGUGAGGUCUUUGCUCCAGAGUGAGCGAGUACGGUAACGGGACGUCACUGCGAUCCAGGAUAUCAGCGUGGACAGUUCCGUAGAAGCGCACACAGUAGAAACGCUCCCAGUGAAAAAUCGCCCAACGACGACGGUCACAUCCGGUCUGAACUGUGUUGAAUUAAAGGGGAAAACAUCAAAUAGGCAGCAGAAAUUUCCCUGCUUUUCCAGGGAGGAAAAAUUCCAAAGUGUCACGAGGCGUGUUAUCGUAGAGGUGUCGCGUCUAGCGAGAAAAAUUGUUGGUUUCCAGUGUUGAACUUGCUCACUUUGAGUAAACGGAAUCUGUGUAUUCGUGAAAAAAGUGGUUCGGCAGUUGAACGCCCGAGAGGUUGUCUAUUUUCAUCAGUAAGGAAACAGAUCGACGAAAAUGAAAGCACCCGCGCUGUGGGCGGCCAUCGGAGCGAUACUAAUCUUCAGUGGCACUGCGAACGCAUGGGGCGGUCUUUUCAACAGAUUUUCACCGGAAAUGUUGGCCAACAUGGGCUACGGCAGCCACGGGGGAGCCUAUCGGCCGCAAACGUUCCUUCAGAACGAAAUUCUGGACGAGGAGCAGCAGAAUCAACGCGUAGAGGAAGACGUCUGCUAUGGCAAGCCUUGCUACUCCAACGAGAACUGCUGCCCGGGAUUGAUCUGCGUGAAUGUUGAUGGAGUUUCACCUAUUUCAGUUAUUGGGCACUGUUUGUUUGCGCUUGGCCGUAAGUACGGUGAACUCUGCCGCCGGGACUCGGACUGCGAAUCGGGCCUGGUCUGUGACAUUUCGACAUUGAGCGGCGCCAGCGUCUGCCGUCCGCCGAUGGUAUUGGCCAAGCAGUAUGCCGAGGAUUGCAUCACGUCCAGCGAUUGUGAUAUCACACGAGGACUCUGCUGCCAGGUGCAAAGAAGACAUCGGCAAGUGCCCCGCAAGGUUUGCUCUUACUUCAAGGAUCCCCUGCUGUGCAUCGGAACGGUCGCUGCCGACCAGGUUAAACAUGAAAUCGAGCACACUGCAGGCGAGAAACGAAUCAUCUACAACAAGCACUAAGCAACUUCACCGCACGGUAAAACGGUUGCUGUAAAAUUAGCUCCAAUGCAGCAACAAGAUGGCUACACCCAGAAGAAGAUAUUCAUUGUUGUACAGGCAGUUUAAGUUUGGAGUAUUUUAUUUGUUUCGUUAAAGAAGACAUGAACUGGAGAAACCAACGCAUAAUGUAAUCUAAUAAUGAAAGCUCCUACAAAAAGUAAAGUAGAGUGCUCGGCUGAAUGUGGCAGUGAACCGUAUUGGGAUGAGUCAUAUGAUAUCUGAAGACAGCCGAGACGAGACUUAUACUCACUACUGUGGAACUUUAAAAAAGUUUAAACUCGUUGUGGUAACGUAGUCAAGAGAGCAUAUAUAUACAUAUAAAAUACAGAAGAAGCACAUACUAUGAAUGAACUAAUACAUAUCAAUCAAUGUCCUUACUGUCCUUGCAGAUGAUUAUAGAUGAAAAAGCUAUUCUUUAUUAAUAAGCAUGAUAUGAAUGCAUAUAGAUAUAGGGGAAGACGUCCGGAAACCGGACGAGCCACUUUUGAAAUUUUUGCAUCAAUUUACAAGAUCCCUCCACCUAUUGAAUGAUAAUACCAAUACAAGUUACCACCAAAAAUCGGUUAAUAUACAAAACGUCCGCACCAGCAUUCUCAGUAUGUCUUUUCCUCCCAUUAAAUUCAUGAAAUUUACUAAGUACAUUCGGAAAACGAGAGGAAUAUUUCGAACGUCGAUUUAAAAUCCAUCGGCAAUCAAGAGUAGCAUCGCGUACAUCAAUAAUGGAGUGAGAGUCGCUGUGAUUCUUGGAAUAAAGCUUGUCCUUCUAUAAUCGUUCAUUCAUUCGCAACAGAGGUUGUGAUUCGACAGGAUUAUGUACUUAUCUAACGCCGCAUAAAAGAUCUGUGAUUGGCCAAAAGCUAAUCGGACAGAUUGAAGAAGAUUGAUGAGCAUUGCCUCGCCACCAGAGUUCUUGUCACGAAGGGAGACCGUGGGAAAUGUGACCAAUACAAUCUUAAUACUUGGAUGAUUUCAGUAUUUCUGAUGAUACAACUUCUGGAGGAGUCAUUCGACUCAUUCAUACACGGAACGAAAUAAAAUUUGCUUGGUUCAAGCAAAACAAAAUUUAUCAUUCAACAUUAUUGAAUGUACAGUGCUACGACUUGAAUGAAUUCGAGGAACAAACCGACAUAACCAUCAAAUUAGAAAUAAAUCGUAAAGUUUAAAGCCUCUUAAAAACAAAGAAAGAAAGAAAGACAUAAAUCGUUAUUUUGCGCUAUCAUCCCGUUUUAUCUGAUUGUUUUUUUUUUGUACUAAUUGUAGCAUCAGUUCUAAUUGUGGAGGAUACUAUCGAAACAAUGUCAAUAUUACAAUGCAUUUUCGUCCGCAGAAAGAUGGUCACCUGUAAACUACUAAAAAUAAAGAGUCACGAAUAUUAUACUGAUAUAAUCGGUUCUUAUGCAAAGAAACAUAUCGUUAUAUUAAAAAUUGAUAAGGAUAAGAAUUUAGGAUAACGGAAUCUACUAGAUAAGUUUAGGUCAUAAACCAUUAAACAAGAGAAUAUCAUAUUGGCUGAGGCAUUUAAUUAUUCGAAUGUUAAGUAUAUAGUAGUAGAUUAAAUAGCAGUGUCGAGCGAGAGGGAAAAGAAAUCAAACCAAACAAAUAUAAAAAGGCUUUGAAGAAGUUAUGGUUAAAUUACAUACAUAUCUCCAUUCUUCACUCUUUCACGCUAUUUUCACUCAAAACAAUGAAAUCUCGACUGAAGGCAUAGGCUUAUUCUUGUAAAAUGCUAGAACACAACGGAAAAAAACAAACUACAGCAGAUAAAAUAAGCAGUAAAUAAAAAAACUAACUGCUAAACAGUAACACGGAGUGAAAAUUAUCAAAAGAAUAACAAAUAUUUCCAUUCGACGAAAUCAAAAUAUUACUAAGUAGUGAAGGUUUAAACUACAGCAGAAGCCUACAUUCCAAAAUGCAUCCAAAGACUCUGGUACGCGAUCUAUUUGAGCAGAAAUGUAGAAUAUAACAUAUCUUGUCGAAUGUCGUCCCACAUUCUGGGUUAACAUUAUUUCAAAACAAGAGUCCACUUAACACCCUGGAACGUCGGUCGACAUACGACAGUUUGAAAUGAAUCUAAAAACACUUAACCAGCAAAAACAAACAAGGAAACUAAAACGGCUAUAAAUCGAAUAUACUUCUUUGGCCUACGUUAGGUUACGUUCGGUGAACAUCUACAUAUGAACACACCAACAACAACAGAAACAUAUCAAAUGUCUCGCUGUGGAUACAUUAAACUUGCAUCGUUCCAGAUGAGGAUUCCAUCUAUCAAUGAUAUUUUACAACUGACAAUUUGGCUUGCACUGUGAUGCACACGCCAGGCAUGACAAACAUAUUUAUUUUUUCUUUCAACUCUUUCUUUACUCUUCAAACGUUUAGUCACAUUAUUGAGUGUUAUUUCCAUCCGUACACUGUAUCCAUAUUGCAUUGAAUUUACUGAAAAAAGUGCAGGAAAACAAAAUAUUACACUCUUAUGUACAAACACAAAAACAGCACUCUGUUAUCAAAUAAAGAAAAGAAAUAUAUGUGUAUAUCUCUCAAAACUCAAAAA